AUGCCAUCUCUGGGCCAUUUAGCUCAGAGCGUGUAGAGGUUGACUCUGAGCUUUGGCCAGCUCUCUGAGUCGUAUCUCUGUGAGACAGACAUAAGAAGUCCUAGACCUUCUGAACAUAGACUUAAACAAUGGAGAGACAGUUCCAAAGUAGAGAGAAGGAACCCUGCUGGUCUCUGAGACUCUGGACAGUUGCUGUGAUUUCCAUCCUCCUCCUCAGCACCUGUUUCAUUGCAAGCUGUGUGGUGACUUACCAGUUUGCGGUGGACAAACCCAACACAAGACUGUCCGAACUUCAUGCAUACCAUUCCAGUCUCACCUGCUUCAGUGAGGGGACGAGAGUGUCAGAAAAAAUGUGGGGAUGUUGCCCAAGUCACUGGAAGUCCUUUGGCUCCAGCUGCUACCUCAUUUCUACCAAUGAGAACAUCUGGAGCAUCAGUGAGCAGAAAUGCAUUGAGAUGGGGGCUCAUUUGGUGGUGAUCAACACUGAAGCCGAGCAGAAUUUCAUCACCCAACAGCUGAAUAGGUCACUUGCUUACUUCCUGGGGCUUUCUGACCCACAAGGUAAUAACAAAUGGCAAUGGAUCGAUAAUACUCCUUUCAGUCAAAACAUCAGGUUCUGGCACCCCCGUGAGCCCAAUUUGCCUGAAGAACGAUGCGCUUCAAUAGUUUUCUGGCAUUCUCUGAAUUGGGGCUGGAAUGAUGUUUUCUGUGAUAGUAAAUAUAAUUCAAUAUGUGAAAUGAAGAAGACUUACUUAUGAGUGGCAUUUUAUUCAUUCAUACCCUGGAAGCCUUUUGGCAUGUGCACAUGACCAUAGCCAUUCUCUUUCUAGAUGUUCCUUUUCACUGAUGACAGAAUGUGUCCUUCCUCUCUGUGAUGGUUAGACUCUUGUCAACUGGACCCAAAUAGAGUCACCUGGGAAGAGGGAUCCCCAGCUAAGGAAUUACCUCCAUCAAACUGACUUGUCAUCAUGUCUGUGGGGCAUUUUCUGGAUUAAUGAUUGUUGUAAGAGGGUCCAGUGGGUACUGGAUACAUGGUCAUGGGUUGUGUAAGAAAGCAAGCUGAGAAAGGCAUGGCGAGCAAGCCAGUAAGCAUCCUCCCUCCAUCUCUGCCCCAGGUUCCUGCCCUAGGUUCUUGCUCUGGCUUCUUUCUAUGAUGAACUGUUGUUACUUUGCUGUGGGAU